UAUGCAUGUAUGCAGCGUGCAGCGGUGUGCGUGUCGCUGCCGCACACACGUCAGUAAUAAACGAUCUAUAGAACGAGACGCGUGUGUUUUCUUUAAGUACUGAUACCUACCCGGCGAGUUACCUACAUAUAUACUAUUUGGCGACGACGAGGGAAGAAUCCACACGGAAUUUCAAAAUGAGUGUCUACGUUGGUACCUUGGGGACUUUUGAUUAUAAAACUCAAGAUUGGAAGAUUUUUUCGGGAAGAUUAGCGAUGUUCAUAACCUUAAAUGACAUCGCGGACGAAAAAAAAACUGCAGUGUUACUAACGAGUUUAUCCGAGGACACUUAUCGGUUGGUUAGUAACUUGUUACAUCCAAAGAAAAUUGAAACCUCAACGUACGACGAGAUUGUUUUACAACUCAACAAUCACUUUACGCCGAAGAGAUCGACUUUUGCAGAUAGAAGCAAGUUCUAUGAGGCAGUGAAACUCGAGGGCGAAAGUGUAGAAGAAUGGGCAGCACGCCUGCGUGGAUUAGCAGUGCACUGUGGCUUCGGAACAGAGCUAAAUGUUUUAUUGCUUGAUCGCUUUGUGCUAGGGUUCAGAUCGGGGCCCGAACGCGAUAAACUCUGUGAACAGGAUCUAUCGACGUUGACGAUGGCAAAAGCACUAGAGAUAGCUCAGCAGGCACUAUGUGCAAGAAGUGCAAAGGCGAGCGAGCCCCCAGCAGUCACAGUGAAAGAAGAACCGUUAUUCAAGGCCAGCGUGAAUCGCGCGGGUGGCGGUGGUCGCGCGGCGCGCGUUGCCACCCAGCAACAGAGUCCGAGUUCGCAGUCGUGUACGGUAUGCGGAUUAAAAAGUCACUCGGCGGAUCAGUGUAAAUAUAAAAACUAUCGGUGCAAUAAGUGUAAAAACAAAGGACAUCUUCGUAAGGUAUGCGGGUUCAAAGUCCAUAAUUUGGGAGCACAACAGGACCUGGAGCAACAGAACGAGUGUGCACAUGACUGCGAGGAGUGCCAGCUGUUUAGUAUGAGAGUUUGAAGCUAAAGGAGGAGGAAUUGCUGUGUAUGCAUGUAUGCAGCGUGCAGCGGUGUGCGUGUCGCUGCCGCACACACGUCAGUAAUAAACGAUCUAUAGAACGAGA